AUGGCCUUGCCUAUGAAGACCGUGAUGAAGGCAAUGAAGUCUGCGGCCAUGAAGGCAAAGGCCAUGAAGGGAAUGAAGGUGAUGAAGAAGAAAGCCAUCAGCAAAAUCGCUCGGGGCAAGCUGGCGAAGGUGGCUGUCUUCCAGGGUCGCAAGGAGAAGACCGCGACGGGCCUCCAGAAGACUCACCUCAUGAAGAAUAAGCGCGGUAAGGUGGUGACCAAGAAGAAACAUGCCAGCGGCAAGAUGUUUCAGAAGCUUGGCCAGAAGUGGAUCAGUGCGGUGAUGACCGCGAGGAAAGAGCUGGGUAUGAAAGGCUUCUGCGCAGUAGGCGGCAAGAGUGCUCAGGGCAAGGCACUCUAUGCCAAGGCCAAAGCGCUUUACGCGCAGAAGCUGGAUCGCGAGUGCCAGGAGCGCGAGGCGGCCGAGACGCAGCGUGCCCAGAACGUGGCGGAGCUCCGACGGGAGGUCGUAGCCGAAGCAGAGCGCACGAAGUCAAACCUCGCGGAGGUGGAGAAUGCCCUUGCCUCCGCAAAGGCCGAGGUCCGCAGUUGA